UGACUGUUGAAGGUAGAGUACAUAAUAUUAUGAUCAAUACAUAAGAGAUAUAACCUCAAAAAUUGUUAUUUACGUCUAAAAUUAUGUACAGUUGGAUUACCAUUCCAAUUCCAACUAGUGAAGCUUAUAGUUUAAGUGUUAGUGUUAUAUUAGUUCAACAUUACUUGGAUUAAGUGCUCUUAUAAAUGAAAAUGUGGUGCGUUAUUUACAAAACUAGCAGUGUGUGCUUCCUUAACUUAAUAUAGUAGUGUCUCCUUUGGCAUGGCAUUAGCGUGCAAUGUUAGGGUGUAACACAGCAUGUCCCAACUGCAAGCACGAAUUCCAGUGCUGUCCUCCGAAGCAACAAUGUUGCAGCACGAGAAGAUCGUUACAUGUACUGAGCGGCGGUGGCCUUGUAACAACUUUAGCUCCGACGACAGCUCAGAGUCCAUGUCCCUCCCCACAAGUUUCGCCCAGUGUACCUCUAGCAUUCAUUCUACCUCCUUUGGAUACGCCUUUUCAAAGUGCUCCGGCGCCUGUAGAAAACAAUUCCGAAACCGAGUUACAAAGACUGUCAGACACCGUACGGGCUCUGCGCCUAUCCGGUUGGUAUCAUGAGGGUAUUACUUAUGCACAGAGUCACGAACUUUUAAAAGGAACCAGUGUUGGAAGGUUUCUAGUGCGAAACUCUUCAGAUCCUAAAUUUUUGUUUUCCCUAAGUGUGCAAACAGAGCGUGGACCGACUUCUGUUCGUCUCUUUUAUACCAACGGAUAUUUCAGAUUAGACGCCCAACCACAUCUUCAAGCUGCAAUGCCAAUGUUUCCUAGUGUCAUAGACUUGAUACAUCAUUACGUACUACAAAGCAAACUGUGUCGUAGCAAUGCUCAAGUAUGGGUUGAUCAACAAGGGAAGUGGUACUCACCAAUUCUUUUGGACAAACCACUGAGGAAACGGUCUGAACCUUCGAGCCUCAAACACCUAGCAAGAUUGGCCAUACAUAAAGGAUUGCAGGCUUCUCCUAAACCGAGAUUGGCUAUGUUGCCAUCUCCACAUACUCGAUUAGAAUUACCCAAUUCAUUGAUUGGCUACUUAUCGGAGUAUCCUUUCUCCAUCUAAUGUUGGGCCAAAGACUGGUUGGUACCUUUACAUACCAACAUCAGGGAACACCAAUAAAAGUAUUCUAAAGUAGCAUUCACUACAGUGCAUAGUUAGGUAGGGUAACAAAUUGAUACGAAUAAAAUUCUGUUUGUUAGUCUAUGUCUUCAUAAGUAUUUAUAAAUUAUUUUUUUAAUUAUAUAUUUGAUAAAAAGUCUGAUAAGCGUAUUUAGUAUAAAGUUACAUAUAGUAGAAACAAUUGAGCCAGCGUUUAGCUUAAAACAUAUCUCAUGUAAUAAAUUAUUUUGUGUCAUAAUUAAAAUAUGAUGUGAAAAAAUUAAAUAAAUGAUGUGAUUUUUCGGCAGCUUUUGACUUUGACAGAGUUAAAUUUUCUUUUUGAAUUUUUCUAAAUGUAUCCACAAAAACGUUAAUUUGAGUGUUUCAUGCAUUUCAAGAAAGAAUAAAUAAAUUAACAAUAAAGGAUUCGGCCGAAAUUAAUUCCAAGUAACACUAACUUUAGGUAUGGACGCAAAAUAAUAGAUAUUCUUGAUCAAAAGCAGAGUUAAUAAAAAGCAUUCAUAAAAAUUCUAUGUUAUCACAAAACUGUUUUGAUGCGCAAUUCUUUAUAAAUGUAAAGUAUUUAUUAGUUGGUUUAGAACUAAUAAACAAACAUGAAGCAUUUGUGACAUAAAAGAAGAAACAUUUUCUUUAGAUUGUUCCAACUUUAUAUUGUUCUGAUGUGUAGUUCGAUGUCUGAUACUGUAGAAUAUUCGGCUAGUUUAUUUGAAAAUUAUUAUUACACAAAAAGAAUUGUUAACUCAGUCUGUUGGUCAAACUUUAUUUGUUGAUGGGAUUAUUUAUCAACUAGCUAAAUAUUAAAAUAUCUAUAAAAUGAAAUACUUCUAAGAUCUUUACCAUUGGAAUAAAUUUACUUUAUUUGUGCAUUCUUUGUUCCUCUUUUAACAUGAUAAGUACUAAAGUGCCAUAAGCUAUUAUUUAAUAAAAAAAUUACGGUUUAAUCAAGAAGAACUUGAAAUAUCUUAGAUAAGAUGGAAUAAAAAAAUUUCUUAUUGUUUGAUCCUUCACUUAAUUUUUAAGUAUUAAAGUUGCUUUUGUAUAAAUCAGUGAAAAUUCUUAAGUAAAAAUAAUUUAGAAUAACUUAGCUUAUCUUUAUUAUUUUCUGCAAAUUCUUAUCAAACAAAAUUGUGGAAGGUCUUUAUCAAAAUGUUAAAGAACGUCAUUAUUUUUUAUAAAAUAAUUUAAAUCCUUUUUGAAACUUAGCUUAACUUAUUCCUCACACAUAACUACUAAUUUGUUAUCAAUUGUUUUUGUUAAUAUAGUUUAUUAUUUAACUUAUUUUGCUUGAAUGUUGAAAAUACGAUGGUGCAUGACGUGUUCUCAGUUCAUGGAAUUUUCUGAAGAUAAUUUCUGAUAAAUAAAGCAAAAUUUAAACAAAUUAAAAAAUACAUUAAUUUUGAAAUUUUUAUUCUGAUAUUGUUAAUGCUAAUGAAAUGUGUUUUUACUUAUUAUUGUUAAAUGGUAAAUAAAGUGACUAUUUACAUAAUACAGCUACAAAUGUAUUAGGAUACCUUUGUGAGAAGGCCUCCACUACUCAACAGACCAAUGUUUCUUGUUGUGGUUAUUUCAAAAGACUCCUUCCGUCAUAAAUUCAGCCAUAAACUGCUUCGUGUUUACCUUAUCCUUAAGAAUACUGACAAGGAAGAUCUUUCGAGCCCAUCCUAAAAUAAUUUAUUGUAGUGGUAUACUUCAUUAAUUUAUACCAAUUUUAAAUAUAAUGAUAUAUUUAAUGACAUGUAGUCCAGUUUUCAUUUGUAGAUUCUGGCUCAAUUGGCAGAUACAUGUAAUUCUAAAUUUUCCGAAAUAUAAUUUUAUUAGAGAAUCUCAUAUAUUCGAUAUUACAUGUUCCUGCGGUUUUACAAUUUGCUUAGUGGUACUAUUUACUAAAUACCCCGAGUUCUGUCUUAAUUGCUAUAUAAUUCGCAGAUAAGAAUUCUUGGCAAAAACUAACAAGUAGACGAGUCUUAAAUGAUAAAUGGUAUUUUUUAAUAAUUAGCAUAGUUUUCAAAAUUAUAAUAAUAACAGUUUAACAUCGUAAUCAAAUCUUACUUAGCAUAUUGUUGCUUGUUUUUUACAUUCAUGACAUAUUUACUAAAUCUCAGUCUGUUAUGUUUCUUUGAAGGACCAGUUAUCACGUGAUCGUUUUUACGAAAUUGGGAAUCAUUAUUCACUUUGGUUAAUAAUGUUAAUUAUUUGUACAUUUUUAGAAAAUCAUGUAUUAAAAUCAUUAUUAAUAUUUUUAUUCUUAAGUUAUUUAGCAGAAGUUACAUUUUUUGAAAAUCGACCAUUUAUCGCUCAUUUUUGCAUAAAUAAGGGUACUAAAAUUCUAGAGCUUCCUGUUAGUUGAGAAUUUUCAAUUUGAUAGUUGCAUAUAUAGAUCUACCAUGUAUUAAACGUAAGAGACAAAGAUAAAAAGUAAUAAAAAGAUAUUAAUUAAUCUCUUACAGCUCUUACAGAAAACAUCCUUUCUAGUUAUCACAAAGUGUAAUAUACUUUGUUAUGUAUAUAAUACACAAUCUUCAGUGCAUUUCAAUUCUUGGAAAAACCCAUCAUUUCGGCUGUAGCAAUUCUGUGUAAAGAAACUUGAAAGUAAUAAUCUUCAUCAAGCUCCGAUACCCUUUUUUGAUAAUGAGAAACUGCUUAUGUAGCAAAGUUUACUUUUUCUUGUGGUAGGUGUUUUACUGUUUCUGUCAAAACGUGAAAAUAUUUCCGAAGCAUUGUGUAUACGAUUAUGUUACGUCGCUGCCCUUUCUAUAUCUUUCAAAUUUAGAAGAAGGCAUUCCAGUUAUCAUUCUGUGUAAGAAAUGUGUUUCAUUAGAAUUAUACAUUUCAUUUUCGUUAAAUUUUGUUAUGAAAUCCAUAGUCUUUUUUGAUUUUUGUGUGCAUCAGACAGUCCUUAAAAAUAAGUUGCCAAUAGAUCAGUUACAUUUUAUUACACUGUUUUUUUAGACAAAGGUCCUUUUCUUGAAAAAUUUACCCUAAUACUUGUAACACGAUGCUUCAUUCAGAGCCUCGUGUUUAGCUUUCGUAAUAAUUUUGAAAGUAAAGUCCUCAAUUUUUGUAAUGUUUUUUUUUGUGAGCCUAAUGUAGUAUUGACCCAUCGAAAAAAACCUCAUUAGUGUGUUCUGUAUGGUAAAAAUGACAUAACUUAUUUUUUGCCAGUUUUUGAAUAUAACUAAGACUUAUUGAUUUUCGAAAUGGCUGAAGGGCCAACUAACGUCAUUUAAAUAUAAAAUCUAUAAUGUCUUCUAAUUACAAUUUUUUUUGAUGACUUAGUAUGUAUUCCGACAGAAUAAUAACUUGCUGUUUUACACAACGAUUCAAUUUAUCAAUUAUAUCUGUAAGUGUGUUUCACCGCCAUUGUAUUUAUCACUAUUUUUACUUUUCACACAUUAGAAACAACUCUUAGUGUACCUCGAAUAGCAGCAUAAAUAUGUACUGUUUUGGGUACUAAAAAGUCGGUCCGGGUUAUCUGGAGUUGACUUAAAGGGUUUGUUCUUAUCGAAGUUCUAAUAUACGAUAUGUAAAAAUGGGCUAGUGUUAUGACCACAAAGUACUUAGAAAGAAAAGUUCUCGUGCUAUAGUGUUUCUUAGAAAUUGACGGUUAUGGUCACUAUGAUAAGUAAAACUAAAAUUAAAAUUAUAAUGUAGGUUGCUUAAGAAUCCGAGUGCACAUUAUAAUCAAUAUAGUAUAUAGCAAAGAACUGGGAAAGUUUGCAGAAUAAAGAUUAACAAACAGAGUUUUAAAAAGAACAAAAUGUAUUUAUGGAUGUAUUUAUACAAUAUAAAAAUAGUGUGAAUGCAAUCAGUAUGUAUGUUUUUAGUCUAAAUGUAUUUAUUUCCUUAGAACAAUUAUAUUAUUUAUUACUAAG